UAAAUUAUACUGACAAAUAUUCAAUAAUCAAUUUGUAUCAGUUUCGUCUUUGGAUAAUAGCGAAAAUGGCCCGUAUUGGGAACGUGACUGCAGAUCAGUUGUUAGCUGGUACCAAUGUAUUAUCUAGGCCUGCAGAUGAAUUUGACAAUGAUCCUUCUGUAGAAGCUAUGUGGGCAAUGAAAGCCAUGGAGCAUGCUGAAGUUUACUUCAAUAUUUUAUGUUCUGUUGACCCAAAAUAUUUGAAACUCACCCCUCAUGAUGAACUUAUAUAUAAGACAUUUCGUGAAGUUUUUCCUGAUCUGAAAGUAGAUAAGAUAAAGGAGGACGAAUUAAAAUCACCCGAAGGAAAGGCUAAAUGGAGACCUUUUUGUGAGCAAUUCAAAGAUGUUGUGGAAGAUUAUAGUUUUGGUACAUUGCUGAGAGCUGAUUGCGAAGGAGAUUACUCAGAGGAGAAUAGUAUACUCACAACUAGAAUACAGUUUUACGCUGUUGAGCUUGCCAGGAAUAGAGAAGGACACAAUGAUGAUAUUAGACGAAAGUACAAACCCAAACAGGUUACAGAAAAAUCAUAAAUUACGAUUGUAACAUUGUACGUUAAUUACGUGGAUAGUGUGUAAUUUUUUAUCUGCAAUUUUCUACAAGUGGAACAUACAAGAACUUAUUGAACGUUAUUUAUAACAAGCAAUAUAAAAUAAACAGUUUUAAAAAGAAA